AUGAAACACUGGGGGGAUCUGCCAGCUGUGGCUGAUACAGAUUCUGCUUUUGCUAAGAUGGAGCGUGAGCAGUUAACCAAACUCCGUCCAAUGGAGGUUCAAGGUCCUCGUCUUUAUCAAACCUGCAGCAAACAAUAUUCAAUCACAACCAAACCAUCUCCUCCAGAAAAGUUCCAGGUUGAUCCAAUUACUCUUCAUACCAUCAGACUUAUUCAGCAUUCUCGCAAAAUGAAAAACAUUAUCCAACAAGUGACAUUACAGCAUGAAAAUGCUAAACCUGAUACAGAAAUAACAUUUCCAACUACAUUGCCUAUGCCUGAAUAUACCGGUCCAGGAAUCAAACCUCAAGUGCAACAGCCUUUUUUUCAGUUGUUAAGAGACAGAGACAGAGACAGUAAUUUUUCCCGGGGAAUUGGUACACCACCACCUGUGAUUGAUAAUGUUUCUUGCCGGAAACUUUUACGUUGUUCAGUGGCUGCAGUUUGUGCACAUAUUGGUUUUGAUAAUUCCAAAGAAUCUUCAUUGGAGUUGCUGACAGACAUCCUUCAUGAAUUCUAUACAUGCAUGAUGAAACAUUUGCGUUCUGCUGUGGAUAAUCAACUCCUUCAAGGGCACUCAAGAUUUCCUGAUGUCAUUGAACAGGUGUUUGCUGAAUGUGGUAUUGGCAGUGUCUCUGAUCUGCAUGAUUUCUAUCAGAACCGAGUGAUACGUUACCAUGAAAACAUGUUGCAGCAGUCACAACAGCUGAUAGCUGAAUAUGAAAAGUUGAAACAAGCAGGAGGACAGAAACCAACUGAAACUUUCACAUUAAUAAGAAUCAAAGAGGGUCCCAGCACAGACAUCCAGUUUCCGGAACUUGAUGAAAAAGAUGAUGUUGCUGAGGCAGGACAGUUGCUGCAUUUGAAAGGUAUUGGUGCUUAUGAGAUUACUGUAGAACAAGAAUCAGUUACUGGGCUCACAACUGAUAUUGAUUCUAAAAUUUCAACAAACAGUAAAACAGAAAAUGAUAACAGACUUUAUUUGGAUGAUGAUGGAAGCAGCAUGAUUAGAGAAGCAUCCCAGCAGUGUAUGGAAAGUCUUACUGAAACCAACAACAAUCUGCUUUCUGUCUUUGAGAUCCUGCCACCUUUAGUCAAUGCUCGAACAAAUAAAACAAAAAAACUGUUGCAUUUCCUUGAUGAUGAAGAAGCAGGCAACUUGAAGAUACAGGAUCAUCCUUGGUCGAGGCAACCCUCUAAACAUGCUCAUGACAACCACGUUGCUCCCAGCAGUAAUGUUUCUGCCCUCCUGCCCCCUCCUAUUUUUUCUGCGCCGCCAUCAAAGAAAAUCAAACUUGAAGAAUCAGUUGACCUGAAGACACCAAAUAUUGCACGUCUCCACCGGAGACCACACUCUGACCAACAUGAUGACAGCCGCAGCUCCAUUAACAACAGUGCAGUUGCUAAUCACAUGACCCCUUCCAAUAUCCCUGCACGUUCUUCAAAGAAAAACAAAAUGCUCCAUUAUGUUGCUGAUGAUGAGAGCAGCCUUGCAAAGAGAUUAAGGCAGGAAGACUAUGGGAUAGAUAACUCUACUCUACCCACACUUGUUUCAGCAUCAAGGCCUUCAAAAAGCAAGAGAACGAAGAAAAUGUGA